GAAUCAUAUUUUGUAAGGUCUUCUACAAGCUGUGGCAGAGUUGUUGCCUGCAGUUGAGCAUAGAAUGUGUGCUAGACACAUUUAUGCCAACUGGGGCAAGAAGUAUAAGGGACUACAAAUGCAACGAUUGUUUUGGCAGUGUGCUAAGAGCAGUACCAUGGUAGAGUACGAUGAACAUGCUCAAGCAUUGAAGAAAAUUAGUCCUGCUGCAUAUCAUGACUUAGUUCAAACGGAGCCAAAGCACUGGUCAAGGGCUUUCUUCACCACUAAGGUCAAAUGUGAUAUAGUUGACAACAACUUAUGUGAGACAUUCAACGGAAGAAUCGUAGAUGCCAGGUGUAAGUCCAUUUAUAGCAUGUUAAAGGAGAUGGGGAUAAUGAUAAUGACAAGGAUGCACACACAAAGGGAUGCAUGUGCUCGAUGGAGGAGACUCUGUGGUCCAAGAAUCGUAAAAAAGUUGGAAGAAAAUAGACUUGCUGCGACUUGCUCCCAAGUGAUAUGGAAUGGUGAUAAUGGAUAUGAGGUCAUGGAAAAGGGUGAGAAGUACGUGAUCGAUGUAUUCAAGAGAGACUGUACUUGCAGGAGGUGGCAGCUUACUGGCAUCCCUUGUCCUCAUGCCAUUUCUGCUUUAAAUCAUAGGCGUGAGGAUGCAUAUGAUUAUGUCGAUGUGUGUUACAAGAAGGAGAAGUUCUUAGCUGCAUAUCAGAACAUGCUUAUGCCAAUUCGAGGAGAGAGAUUUUGGAAAAAAACUAACAAUGAGGCACAUGAACCACUUCCAGCUAGGGUGAAGCCUGGCAGACGUAAACAUAAAAGAUUAAGGGAGGAAGGUGAGGUGGCAAGUGGAACUCGGAUGUCGAGGAGAGGAAUGAAGAUGACUUGUCAAACUUGCAAGAAAACAGGACACAAUAGUCUGACAUGUCCAGUUAGGAAGGCUAGGUCUACAGCUUCACAAACACACUUUUCAAGGUAAAAACUUCCGGUUCAGAGACAUAUAGGCGAAGGUGCAAGCGACGGUGUUGGUGGGACACCAAUUGCUGAUGCUGCGCCUGAGACACCUGUUUGUGGGACUGUUCAGAGGCAUACGGGCGAAGGUGCGAGUGGUAGUGUUGGUGGAGCACCAAUUGAUGGUGCUGCUCCUAGGACGCCAGUCCACGAAACUAUUACAAGUUCCGCACAUGGCAAGAGACAAUGAGUUGAUGUACAAACACAUGUUGAAUCAACAUCAAAAGCAAUUGCAGUUGAAGUUCCAGUUAAAGCAAGAGGCCCAUCAAGAAAGAAGAAAAAUAGUGACAAGAAGCAACUCCAACCUACAAGAAAAAGUGAUAGGAAGUAGUGUUAUGGUUGUGUUCUUUUUUUUGUCGCUAAUGGGUUCAAUGAAGUAUCGUUGUGGCUGUCUUAUCUUUUUUUUUUUUUUUGUCACUCAGAGGUUUAGUGAAGUAGUGUGGUGGUUCUCUUUUUGUUUGUCGAUGAUAGGUUGGUUCAGUGAAGUAGCAUUGUGGGUUUUAGUUUUUUUUUUUUGGCUCGAUGAUGGCUCAUUGACUUGGUUGGGGAUCGGUGAAGUACUGUGCUUGUACUCUCCUUUAUUGCAAUGAAAUGUGCUUGUGCAUUCUGGUAAA